AUGCAGGACGCGAUGAUCCUCCUGCGUGCGGAUACCCACAGCAGCCAGGUUUCACAUUGGGCCGCAGCGAGCCAAGAGGCUCGCCAGGCAGAUGUCGCACUUGCAAGGCGGGCUCUCCAGGUCACGACAAACAUCACUGGGUCUGAGAUUGAUUUUAAGGAGCGCCUCCUGAUCGAAUGGUCGGGGGAUAGUCAGAGCUCCCACGACGUGGGGGUGCAGGAGCAGUCAGCGAGUGAGAAUGGAAGCUUUGUGAUGCUCAGCGGUGGUAAUACAGAUAGCUCGUUAGCCUGGGAUUUUGGGUAUGACUUCGAUGUUGGGACGUAUGCGUUCGUGGUCCGGACGACAGGCUCAGACGAUGGAGAGGCACAGUCGAAUCUCUAUACGCUCCUCGACCCGCAUCUUACAACAUCCACGGCAUCAUCGACUGCAACAUCUUCUCCUUCAUCUUCAUCAACACAAUCGACAUCAGUUGCAUCGACUUCCGCCUCGACGCCGGCACCAACGACAGCAGUCAGCAGCACUUCAGGAGACGAUGCAGGCCUCAGCACAGGCGCAGCCAUUGGCAUCGGCGUUGGGGUCGGCGUGACCGCCGUCGUCCUGCUCGGCAUUCUGCUGGUGUGGAUGUACCGCAAGGGCAAGAAGGCCGCCAGCAACACGAAUAAGGAUCCCGAGCCGGACAGCUGGACUGACAUAAAUCAUUACGCUACGGGCACGGCGCCGCCUGGGUUCGUGCCGAAUCGUGGACCUGAGGCCGCAGCCAGUGAGAGUCGCGACUACUAUGCUGAGCUUCAAAACACGCCGGUGUACAGCGAAAUUGGUGGCGCCCAGAGGUCAGAGCUUCAUUCUGACAUCGUGACGAAGGCCGAGCUCCCGUCCGACCCUGAAGUCGAUAGGGCCGGGGGCCGUCGCUGGUGA